GAGAGAAGGUGAUCAAUCUCCAUCCGUCUCCAUUAGAAAUCACCUUAACAGCCUGACAGACAACGACAAGCCCUCCUGAAAGCAAAUGAGUUUGAUUUGUUUGGCUGUAAAAACGGCCCGAGCCGCACUGAGGACGCGGUGACGCCCGUGCGCUGCUGACCCGAGCUCCUCCGUGAUGCCGCUGGCUUUGCGCAGUGUUGUUUGUUUUUGAGCAAGUCUGCGGCUGCUUCUCCAGUCGGGUGCCCUGCAGAUUUUCCUGCUGCUGGAUAAUAUUUCUCGCCUCUGGUGCUCUGAGGGUUCGGGUGGAAGGGAGGAAGGAGUGAAACAAGAGACUUGGAUCGGUCCUCUGUCCCGUCAAGCUGCAGCACCGGGGAAAACUGAACCACUGGCCUGAGCUGGGUGGAGCAGUGACCGCCUGUAGCAUGAUGUCCUACCUCAAACAGCCCCCUUAUGGGGUCAACGGCCUGGGGCUCAGCGGCGCUGCCAUGGACCUGCUGCACCCGUCGGUGGGUUACCCAGCGACUCCCAGGAAGCAGCGGAGGGAGCGGACCACUUUCACCCGCUCUCAGCUCGACGUCCUGGAGGCGUUGUUCGCCAAAACCCGAUACCCGGACAUCUUCAUGCGGGAGGAGGUGGCGCUGAAAAUCAACCUCCCGGAGUCCCGAGUUCAGGUGUGGUUCAAGAACAGGAGGGCAAAGUGUCGCCAGCAGCAGCAGAGUGGCAGCAGCAGCGCCAAGGCCAGGCCGCCCAAGAAGAAGUCCUCUCCGGCCCGAGAGAGCACCGGCUCUGAGAGCAGUGGGCAGUUCACACCUCCUGCUGUCUCCAGUACGGGUUCUUCCUCCUCUUCAUCUUCGUCCACCAAUCCCACAGGCCCCUCAGCUCUUAGUAGCACCUCUACCUCCAUCAGCACCGUGUCCUCCAUCUGGAGCCCUGCCAUCUCCCCAGGAAACGCCCCAGCUCCAGCUGUGGCCCCGCUCCCUGAACCCGGACCGCCGUCUAAUGCCUCCUGCAUGCAGCGCUCCAUGUCAGGCUCCGCUGCUGCUGCCACUUCCUACCCCAUGUCCUACAACCAGACACCAGGCUACGGCCAGGGCUACCCCACCCCCUCCAGCUCGUACUUCAGCGGCGUGGACUGCAGCUCCUACCUGGCCCCCAUGCACUCCCACCACCACCCUCACCAGCUAAGCCCCAUGACGGCCUCAUCCAUGUCAGGUCACCCGCACCACCACAUCAGCCAGUCGUCAGGGCACCACCACCAUCACCACCACCCCCAAGCGUACGGUGGCUCCGGUCUGGCCUUCAACUCGUCUGACUGCCUGGAUUACAAAGAGCAGACUGCAGCCUCCUCGUGGAAGCUCAACUUUAACACCACAGACUGCUUGGACUACAAAGACCAGGCCUCCUGGAGGUUCCAAGUCUUGUGAUCAACUUUUUUUUUCUUCUUCCCUUCCUGCUCCUUCUUUUAUUUUCCAGAAUAGUUUGUUGCUUGUUAUCAAAAACAAAGAGUUUAUUAACUUUAAUAGCAGCAGGAAUGCCCGUCAACUGAACUGAUUCUCCUCCCUCUCGUCCUCCUCGUCCCAAACAAUAAAAGAAGAAAAAUCCUUGAGUCCUGUGAUGCAUCAGGGGCAGCUUUCUGACCACAAGGGGGGUUUAUAAGACGAUCCUUCUUGGAGGAGAUAAACAAAACUUUUUAAACGCAGAGAGAAGAAAUUUCAACCAAACUCCUUCGACCACCAGCUCUCUGGAAGGGAGGAAUAUUUUCCCCUCCGUUGCUCCGACAGGAACUGCCUUCAGGGCCCUUUUACCUCCAACCCAAACAAAUCCUGUACAGUUUUUAUUUCUCAAAUUUGUUAAUUUAGGAUGACAGAGAUUUUUAGUCAGCUGCAGUGAGGAGCUGAAAUGUGUAAAUAUGUAUUUGGGUCAGUUGCAGUGACCAUGACUAGUUGGUUUUCUUUUCUGAAUUUGAAAUUGUUUAUUUACGACUUUGGGAGAAAAAAAAUGUACGUAAAUCUUUUCAAAUAUUCCAAAGAGAACAAAUUGGCCAAUAACUUUUACAUACAUUCAGAUUUUAAAACUAGAUUGGUUUUUGGGAGGGAAAAAACUGAAACCCAAAAUACCCCCCCACCCCCAGACCUCCUCUCUUGCUGAUGUUUGAACCUCAGCACCUGGCUUGAAUGUUGGAGUCAAAAGAUUUUUUUCUGUAUUCUUCAGGGGGAAAAUGUGGAUUUGGAGCUGCAGAAUGAGAGUGAGAUGUUGAAUGUAUCUUAAAGGCAACAACACUUUACAUACAUGUUCAUCCAAUAAAGAUCCGUUAAGUCAAAUUAAAAAUUUAAAGUGAAUUCUGUCUCGGUUUGAACAGGAGCUAAAGCUGUUUCCUCUCAUUUGAACUAGUCACACUUUUAUUUAAGGGCUUGUUUAUGUUGUUUCUCUCUAAUUAUCGCAGGCGAAAUGCAAAUGAGUCCCUAAUUAAAACAAGCCUUGAACGCAG